UCUAAGUAUUCCUUUCAGAAGUAAUAAUUGUAAAUGUAUUACGAGACUACCUCGAAAUUCUUUAUUUCACCUUAAGAUUAUCUGUCAAAGUAAAUGUAUUUUCUCUAAUAUCGUGAACAUCGGCGUGUUUUAGUAGAAUAGCAACGUGUAUCCGUGUUCAUUAGCGGUUGAUAAUGUCGCUGGAGGGUGUAGAGUGUGUGCGAGUGAAGGCGGAGCCCCCGUGGGAAUACACAGAGCACGAGCAGCCCGAGGCACAGGCGGCGCGCACAUGUACAGUGAAGGCAGAGCCCCAAUGCCCCCAAUCGGAGAGCGCGGUCGCUUGUGGCGUGAACGAUGCCAGCCUGCACCUCAAACAUGAGGUGAAAGAGGAAAUUGAGAUUGAGGUUGGGCCCGAGGAGUUCCAUCAAUCCAAUGUGUGUAUUUUUCCUCCGUGGGAGACCGCAGGCCUAUAUACGGAGCAUGAGCAGACCGGUAUGGUGAUAGGUGAGGUUAAGACAGAACCUGAGGAUGGUAUUUGUGACAGCAAAGCGAUGCAUGCUAGCCAGAGCAGCGAGGUUCAUGAGAGUGCACAGACCGAGAAUGUAGACUAUAUGGUGAAGGUUGAGGACUGUGGUGUGAGCGCGGCCGCUGCGCAGGCCGGCCUGUACCUCAAGCAUGAUGUGAAAGAUGAAAUUAUUGUCAGCCCGGAGGAGUGCCAUCAGCCCAAAAAGCUUUUAGUGUCUCCAGGGCGAAUUCAACAUGAAGACCGAAGGACGAAACCAGACUCGAAAUCUUUAAGGAUUAGCAAAAAACGAACUAAGGGCAGAAUGUAUAAAGAAAAGAAAACAUACCAAUGUGAGCAAUGUAGUUACUCUAAUGCCAAUAAGAAUCAUAUGAAAACUCAUCAUAUUGUGAUACAUACUAAAGAGAAACCAUUCAAAUGUGACCACUGUAGUUUCGCUUGUGCCCGAAAGGUUGGUAUAAAAUCUCAUAUGAUGACACAUACUGGUGAAAAACCAUUCAAAUGUGACCACUGUAAUUACGCUAGUGCCAAAAAAGGUCAAGUACAACGUCAUAUGACGAUACAUACUGGUGAAAAACCUUUCAAGUGUAAGCACUGUAGUUUUGCUACUACCAGUAAGAGUAAUUUAAACCGUCAUAUAACGAUCCAUACUGAUGAAAAACCUUACAAAUGUGACUACUGUGGUUACGCUUUUGCAAAUAAGAUUUAUUUAAAACAACAUAUAUUUACACAUGGGGACAAACUUUACAACUGUGAGCAAUGUAGUUUUGCUGCUACCAGUCAGCGUAAUUUGAACCGUCAUAGAAUGCUACAUACUAGACAAAAACCUUACAAGUGUGAGCAAUGUAGUUACGCUACUUCCAAUAAGAGUAGUUUGAACCGUCAUAAAAAAAUACAUACUGGUGACGUACUUUACAAAUGUAACUACUGUAGUUACACUUGUGCACAUAAAGGUAAUUUAACAAAACAUUUAAUUGUACAUUCUGCUGAAAAACCUUUCAAGUGUGAGCACUGUAGUUUUGCUACUACCAAUAACAGUUCUUUGAAACGUCAUAUAUUAAUACAUACUCGUGACAAACCGUACAAAUGUCACUUAUGUAGUUACGCUUGUGCAAGUAAGCGUUGUUUAAAACGACAUAUGUUUAAACAUGAGGAAAAACCUUACGUGUGUGAGCAGUGUAGUUUUGUUAGUACCGAUAAGAGUUGUUUGGACCGUCAUAUAAUGAUACAUACUGGUGACAAACCAUACAAAUGUGAUCGCUGUAGUUACGCUUGUGCACUUAAAAAUAAUUUAAAUAAACAUAAGCGAGUACAUUCUGGCGAGAAACCUUACAAGUGUGAGCACUGUAAUUUUGCUAGUAACAGAAAGAGUAAUUUGACCCGUCAUAUAACUAUACAUACUAGUGACAAACCGUACUAAUGGUAACAAAGUGAGUGAAACAUUUAUAACUAAAGAACUGAAGGAAUCAGAUCUACCGCAAUUCAAAUCAAACUAUUUAGGCGGUGUUUAGAAUAACUCCGAACACUUUGCCAUUUGAUAAUGAAGUAUGUAUUAUAUUAUAGUAAUGUUAAUAUAGAUUUGUGUUGUAAAUAUAGUUGUAAGGUUACUUGAUUUGUAUGUCAGUUGACAUUGAACAUGAAGGUAGGUCUAAAGAAUAAAAUCUUUAUGUUUUUUAUAAAUAAAUAUUGUUAUUAUAAGCAAUACACAAACAAGCAGAAAAAUAUAUAAAAUUUUGGCACAUUUGGAAACUGUAUGUUUUUAGUUUUUAAGAUAUAUUGUAUCAUAUGUAUGUUAGUUUUAAGAUAUUUAUCUAUGGGUCAAUAGUUGCCUGAAAAUAAACAUUUAUCAUUUCAUUUCUAAUAACAACAUAUGUACAGAUGUAGUGCAUAAUUGUAUUCCAUCGUAUUUUCUCGGAAACGUUCGUAUUUGUCAUGCUACUUCAGUCAACCUCAGUACUUUUUGUACUGAGACUGACUGAAAUAGCAAGAGACGUUCGUAAGUUUCCGUCAAAAUACGAUGGAAAAUAAAUUAGCGAUAGACCCGUUUGUAAAUGUGAUUUAAUAUGUGUUCAAAACGUGAAAGUUUUAAAUGUUAUAAAAUUAUUAUGCACUACAUCUGUACAAGAUUGCCUGCCAUUUGUAUUAUGGUCUGAAAUAAAAUAUAUUGAUUGAUUACUCAAAACCUUGUGACUGCUAUUUCAUAACGCCUAUUUUUUUGUCAGGGUAUAGUUUUUUGUGUAUAUUUCCAUAUGUAAAACAUGUU